CCUCCGCUCUCCCCGCCUCCCUAUCUCGGCGUCGGUCCCUGCGCAGGACCCAGGUGUCCCGGUCGCUCAGCCUUCGGUGCCCGGACGCCAGCGGGGGUCCGGGCCGGUCCGGACGCCAGGCCAGCCCGAGAUUGGAGCUUCCCUGCCCACCCCACCCCCACCCGCCACCUGGGGCCGGUCCGGACAGAGCGGCGAUGGCCAAGCGGAGCUCGCUCUCCCUCCGCAUCAUAGAAGGCAAAAACCUGCCGGCCAAGGACAUCACCGGCAGCAGUGAUCCCUAUUGCAUCGUGAAGAUCGACAACGAGCCCAUCAUCAGGACAGCCACGGUAUGGAAGACCUUGUCCCCAUUCUGGGGUGAAGAGUACAAGGUUCACCUUCCUCCCACCUUCCAUUCUGUGUCCUUCUAUGUCAUGGAUGAAGAUGCUCUCAGCCGGGACGAUGUCAUUGGGAAGGUCUGCCUCACCAGAGACGUCUUAGCCGAGCAUCCCAAAGGUUACAGUGGAUGGCUCCACCUGAAGGAGAUUGACCCGGAUGAGGAAGUGCAGGGAGAGAUCCACCUGCAGAUGGAGAUCGUGAAAGGCCAGGGGCCCCAGAAGCUUCGCUGCACGGUGUUUGAGGCCAGGGACUUAGCCAGAAAGGAUCGUAAUGGAGCAUCUGACCCCUUUGUCCGAGUGCGCUACAAUGGCAAGACCCAGGAGAGUUCGGUUGUAAAGAAAUCCUGCUACCCAAGAUGGAACGAGACCUUUGAGUUUGAGCUGGACGAGUCUGCCCCCGGGACGCUGUGUGUGGAAGCCUGGGACUGGGACCUGGUCAGCAAAAAUGACUUCCUGGGCAAGGUGAUGUUCAAUAUCCAUGGCUUGCAGGCCGCCCAGCGGGAAGAGGGCUGGUUCUGGCUGAGACCGGACCAGUCCAAGAAGCGAGUGGAUGAGGGCAGUCUGGGCUCCUUGCAGUUACAGGUGUGGCUCCGGGAUGAGACAGUGCUGCCCUCCAGCCACUACCAGCCCCUUGUGCAACUGCUCUGCCAGGAGGUCAAGCUGAGCCCUCAGGAGCAUCCAGGGCAGCUGAUCUCCCUCAUUGAGGAGACUACAACAGCCGAGUGUCGCCAGGAGGUGGCCACCAAUAUGGUCAAGCUUUUCCUGGGCCAGGGGCUAAUCAAGGAAUUCCUGGACCUGCUUUUCCAACUAGAGCUCAGGCGGACUGUCGAAGCGAACACUCUCUUUCGGAGCAAUUCCUUGGCCUCUAAAUCCAUGGAAUCCUUUCUGAAGAUCUCAGGCAUGCAGUACUUACACAGUGUUCUGGGCCCCACAAUCAACCGAGUCUUUGAAGAGAAGAAGUAUGUGGAACUGGACCCCAGCAAAGUGGAGAUUAAAGACGUGGGAUGCUCAGGGCUGCACCGGAUCCAAACAGAGAGUGAGGUGAUAGAGCAGAGCGCCCAGACCCUGCAGUCAUACCUCGGUGGGCUCCUAUCGGCCAUCGGUCGCUCAGUGAAGAUGUGUCCAGCGGUCAUCCGGGCCACCUUCCGCCAGCUUUUCAAGCGGGUGCAGGAACACUUUCCUGAAAACAAGCACCAGAACCUGAAGUUCAUUGCCGUCACCAGCUUCCUGUGCUUACGCUUCUUCUCACCGGCCAUCAUGGCGCCCAAACUCUUCCACCUGCGUGAGAAGCACGCUGACGCCCGCACCAGCCGCACCUUGCUGCUCUUGGCCAAGGCCAUUCAGAACAUGGGCAACAUGGACACGGUGGCCUCCCGAGCCAAGGAGGCCUGGAUGGAACCGCUCCAGCCCAUGGUCCAGCAAGGCGUGACUCAGCUGAAGGAAUUCAUCACCAAGCUCAUUGACAUUGAGGAGAAGGAGGAGCUGGACCUCCAGAGAGCACUUAACCUGCAGGCUCUGCCUGUGAAGGAGGGGCCCCUCUUUAUCCACAAGGCCAAGGGCAAGGGCCCCCUCCUGCCCUCCUUCAAGAAGCUCCACUUCUCUCUCACCAGUGAGGCCCUCAGCUUUGCCAAGACACCCAGUUCCAAGAAAAUGUCCUUCAUCACCCUGGCCAACAUCCAGGCGGCUGAGAAGGUGGAAGAGAAGAGCUUCGGCAGCUCCCACGUCAUGCAGAUCAUCUAUGCUGGGGACACCGGCCAGUCGGAGACGGCCUACCUGCAGUGCAAGUGCAUGAACGAGCUGAACCAGUGGCUGUCCGCCCUGCGCAAAGUCUGCCUCAAUAACCAGGGCAUGCUGGGCUCCUACCACCCGGGCAUCUUCCGAGGAGAGAAGUGGAGCUGCUGCCAUCAGAAGGAGAGGACAAGUCUGGGCUGUGACAAAACGCGGAACCGGGUGACCCUGCAAGAAUGGAACGACCCCCUGGACCCGGACCUGGAAGCGCAGCUCGUCUAUAGGCAUUUGUUGGGCGUCCAAGACACGAUGCGUGAAAAGUACCUGGAGCUGCGUGCCCUGGAGGCUGCUGGGAAUAUCCCCAAUAUCCAAAAUGAAGCAGCUGAGGACGGCCUCACGCAGCUGUUCCAGGUGCUCCAGGACCUUGAGCGCGCCCACCGCUCUGGCCCACUGACCACUGCAGACCGGGAAAAGAACCAUCUCUUGGAGCUGCAGACGUGAGACUGACCCGCUUCCCGCAGGCCCAGGCCCAGCCCCAGCCCUGAUGCCAUCCACCCCCCUCCGCUUCCUGCUGGGACUUCCCUGUCCCUUUGGCCGCCCAUGAACUCUGUGCGUUGGGGACCUGCCGGUGGCCUGGGUGACCCACCAGGCCCCUUUGCUGUCCCUGCCCUCACUUUUGCUCCAAAGCUCAGCCCUUGGCUGCAAACCCUCCCACCGCCCCCACCCCAUUUCUGUCACACCGAGGGCCUGAGCCCCCCUGCUGGGCUGUGCAGAGCCUCUAUUUAGGGGCAGGAGGGCUGGGAGGGGCUGAAGGCCCCCGUCCACGUCCUGGUUUCCUGGCCUGGGUCACCGGGCUCCCCUGGAAAGGCAGCCUUGGUCCCAGGCCCUUUGUUCCCCGUGGCCCACUCCCAGUUAUGUCCUUGACUCUAACAUUCCAGGAGGUUCACAGUGGGGGAGCUCCAGAGCUGGGAUGGGGAGGGAAAGGGGUACCUGGGAUCCCUCAUUAGGACUCGGAAGUCCCAAGAUGUCUCCGUUCCUGACGCUGCUGGCCCAUGAUGGGCACCCAGGCUCCCAGCCAUUCUCCCAUCCGAGGGGGGAGUCUAGAGAGCAAUGUGGUCGCUCUGACCCCUGAUGGCCAGGCCCCCAGAUCCCCAGGGGUGGGAAGCCUCAGCUCCUCCUGUGCCAGCAGCCUGUCCCCUUCGCUGGGCAUCGAUACAGAUACAAUAAACUUUCGUUUACCAUU